UCUCUCACGAUCGCUCGGGCACCUGGGACUCGUCAACACCCUCAAGGUCUCAAUGCCUUCACCUGCCGAACAUGUCCCUAUCAGUUCGUCCUUGACCAACAAUACUACGAACGCACCUAUAUGAAAAAGAAACAACUGGAUGAUAUUAUGGGCGAGGAGCAAUCCGAUCUGCCAACCGUCGAAGGCUGUCCGAAAGAAGAGUGCGAUUCUAAGCUGGCAUCUUUCUAUCAGCUUCAGACCAGAAGCGCAGACGAGCCGCCAACUUCUUUCUACAGGGUAUGUCCAUUAUCCUGCGCAACC